AAAAAAACUUCGUUGUGAGGGGGGAAAGGCUGGAGGCCGUUUUAACAGAGCCUGGCUGUUAGGAGAGUCGCCCUGAAUGUUGAAGAGGGAAAAGAAGAGCCGAGGGCACCGUACUGAGGGAAGGAUUAUUCGGGGGUCUCUUUCAGCCCCUCGUGACGGGAAUCUCUCCCUCCUCAGAAGAAAAAAAAUGUCCCUCUAUGAUGAUCUGGGAGUAGAAACCAGUGAUUCCAAAACAGAAGGCUGGUCCAAAAAUUUCAAGCUUCUGCAAUCUCAGCUGCAAGUGAAAAAAGCAGCUCUGACUCAAGCAAAGAGCCAGCGGUCUAAACAAAGCACAGUCCUUGCUCCCGUCAUCGACCUGAAACGAGGCAGUGCUUCGGAUGAGCGCCAGAUAGCGGACACCCCACCCCACGUGGCGGCUGGCUUGAAGGAUCCUGUCCCCAGUGGCUUUUCAGCAGGAGACGUCUUGAUCCCUUUAGCGGAUGAGUACGAUCCGAUGUUCCCAAACGAUUACGAGAAAGUCGUAAAACGCCAGCGAGAAGAACGGCAAAGGCAGCGCGAGCUGGAGAGGCAGAAAGAGAUUGAAGAAAGGGAGAAGAGGCGCAAAGACAGACACGAGGCAAGUGGAUUUUCCAGACGGCCGGAUCCAGAUUCGGAUGAAGAUGAAGAUUAUGAGAGGGAGAGGCGGAAACGAAGUAUGGGAGGAGCUGCCAUUGCGCCACCUACUUCUUUGGUUGAGAAGGACAAAGAACCUUUAUCCCCCUACGAGGAAGAGUCAAGGCCUCGUGGUUCAUCAUCCAAGGCUGCCAUUCCUCCUCCGAUGUACGAUGAGCCCGAGAGACCUCGUUCCCCAACCGGGCCCAGCAAUUCCUUCCUUGCAAAUAUGGGAGGCACGGUGGCGCACAAGAUCAUGCAGAAAUACGGCUUCAGAGAAGGCCAGGGACUGGGGAAGCACGAACAGGGUCUGAGUACUGCACUCUCGGUAGAGAAAACCAGCAAGAGGGGGGGCAAAAUCAUCGUUGGAGACGCUGCUGAUAAAGGAGACGCAUCAAAGAAAUCGGAUUCAAACCCUUUAACAGAAAUACUGAAAUGUCCAACCAAAGUUGUCUUAUUGCGGAAUAUGGUUGGAGCUGGGGAGGUGGACGAAGACCUUGAAGGCGAAACGAAAGAAGAAUGUGAAAAAUAUGGCAAAGUUGGGAAGUGUGUGAUUUUUGAGAUUCCUGGCGCUCCUGAUGAUGAAGCUGUGAGAAUAUUUUUGGAAUUCGAAAGAGUAGAAUCUGCAAUUAAAGCGGUGGUUGACCUGAAUGGAAGAUACUUCGGAGGACGAGUGGUGAAGGCCUGUUUCUACAACCUGGAUAAAUUCCGAGUCUUGGACCUGGCGGAACAAGUCUGAUUUUCUUUUGUCAAACCGGGACACGUGACCCUCUGGCGAUCUCACAAGUUUUCAGCUGCAUGUGGAGAGUAGAGGAAAGAGGCGACGUGACGUCUUUUCUAACAAACUGGAACUAAUCCUUGAACGGCCUUUACUGAUUCCUUGUGAUGGACAGACUUUUAUUUGUAUUUUUAUUGUAGUAUAAAAUUCCUGAAAGAUG